UCUGCAAAUUUGAAUUGUGUUUGUGGUCAUCUUCAGCUGUGUUAAUAAUACUGCACUGAAAUAUCUAAACAGGCAGUUUGUGGCCUUGAAAAACUGCUGGUGACCACAGAGGCAAUGGCUGUGAGACCCAAGCCUGGGGGAAGACUGUCAGAGUUCCUGGCUGACCUGAGGCUGCAGAGGAGGAGGCAGCAAGAAAAGGGUGAAAUGGCAAUCUACAAAUUCCGGACAAUAACACUCAAAGGACAGGCAUCAGAGCUGGCAGGAGAUAGUGUUGGUGGCACUAAACUUGAAAAAGUAAUGGAUGUAACGAUCAUAUCCACUGUAAAACAUCUGAAAGCAAGAUUCAGUAGCCUCCUAGGGGAGAGUGCUUCUGGGUCUGACACAGCCAAGGCUGUCAAAUGUUUCAACAUUUUCAAUCACGAUAGCUGGCCAGAGAACCAAGAAAACUUAGUAGACCAUGGUGCUGAUGACCUUGCAUUUCUCUUGGAUCACUUCUCCACAGUUCUGAGAAGAAAUGGUGUAAACACUGACCUUGCAAAAGAAGAGUUUGUGGGCUUAAAGCUAUUAAUUGCAAGGAUAUUCAAAGACAAGACCUACCUCAGCCUUUGGGAGCUCAUGUUGACCAGAGAGCCCUAUUGCUCACAGUACAAGGAUGGAUCAGCGUCCGGCCAGAAGGUGGCGCCGAUCCCGGACGAGCCCCCAAGAAUCUGUAACGGGUCCCAGCAUGUACAGUAUGAGAAGAUCCGCAUCCCUGUGUAUUAUAGUGACCAGUACGCAUUAGUGAACAGUAGUGAACACAUUAUAGUGACCUGUGGCAACCCGGAUCCGGCCAAGAGCCCCUGGAAGCAGUCUACCCCCAGAUGGCACUAUUCAGGGCAUUGGAGCCGGGGCCAAUUAACUAGAUGCAGAACACCUGAGGAGCAGGUGGAGAAGCAGGGCUUAAAUAGCCUGCUCCUCCACUCCUUCGGGGCUCUCCCAGGCCUGCGGCAAGGGUGCGGAGAGACCGGUCCUCCCGGCUGA